GAUAAAACCGUCGUGUUAUAUUUUGAAAUAACCAGAGCGGAAGUGACCCGUGUUUGUGUAUUCCGGUAUAAUAAGUUUGCGGCGUUGCUAUUUGUCACAUGGGAUCUUUACGGAAAACCUUUCGUUACCGCUGUUGAUAAUGAGUAGCGGUACCAAUCAGAGGACUUUGUUUCAGACGUGGGGCGCUGCUGUGCCUCAAAACAAAGUUGUUCCGCCGAAAAAGGGUGCUAAGAAAUCUGCUGGACGGCACAAACCGGGUCCUAGCAAUAACGCCGGGGUGGUUCCGGUGCAUCCUCCUCGAAAUCCAUUAUGGACCGAAGUGGGCCAAGGGUCCGCAUACACUUCAGGAAACCCGGGGAGGGCGGAUGACGCCAUAGCUGCGUUUGAAGAUGGAGAUGACGACGACGAUCUGAUGGUUGUCGCAGUCUAUGAAGCUGAGAGGAGCCUGGAGCUCGACAAUGCGAACGUGGUUCAAGCUGACGACCCUGUAAACACAGGGAGCGGAGCCCUCUCUCCCACCCCAUCAGCUGGACGGACAUAUGCAGACUUUCCUGGCUUUGACAGCUCCUCGGCUAGGGUGUGGAUCUACCCCACCAACUACCCCAUCAGGGGGUACCAGCUGAAGAUGUCAGAGGCGGCCCUGUUUCAGAACACGCUGGUGUGUCUUCCCACUGGUCUGGGAAAGACGUUUAUAGCCUCCGUGGUCAUGUACAACUUUUACCGUUGGUAUCCAACAGGGAAGAUCGUGUUCAUGGCUCCCACCAAACCCCUGGUGUCACAGCAGAUCGAGGCCUGUUAUAAGGUCAUGGGAAUCCCACAGGAGCACAUGGCUGAGUUAACAGGUAGCACCGUGGCGAGGCAGAGGCAGGAGGUGUGGAGAUCCAAGCGCGUCUUCUUCCUCACACCCCAGGUCAUGGUGAACGACCUGUCUAGAGACACCUGCCCGGCCCAGCAGGUCAAAUGUGUGGUGAUCGAUGAAGCCCACAAGGCGCUGGGCAACCACGCCUACUGUCAGGUGGUCAGGCAGCUUAGCAGCCAGACUCUGCAGUUCCGCAUCCUUGCCCUCAGUGCCACUCCGGGGGGAGAUACAAAGUCUGUGCAGUCGGUGAUCUCCAACUUGCUUAUCUCACACAUUGAGCUGCGUUCUGAAGAAAGUCCGGACAUCCUGGCCCAUUCUCACCAGCGCAGCGUGGAGAAGGUGGUUGUUCCUUUGGGAGAGGCCCUUUCUGCUUAUCAGGCGCGCUACUUGCAGGUGUUGGAGAAAUUCAUAUCACGCCUGGUCCAGAACCGGGUGAUGGGACACAAGGACCUGAGGACGCUCACCAAAUACCAGCUCAUCCUUGCCAGGGAUCAGUUCCGCAAGAACCCACCGGCACACAUCCAGGGUCUGCAGCAGGGAAUGCUGGAGGGCGACUUCGCCCUUUGCAUCAGCUUGUACCACGGCUACGAGUUGUUGAUGCAGAUGGGGCUCAGAUCGCUCUUCUUUUACAUUCAGGGGAUCAUGGACGGAUCCAGAGAAAUGACUCGAGCCAGGAAUGAGUUGCAGAGGACACCCAGCUUUAUGGACCUCUACAGUGACAUGGAAAAAACGUUUGUGAAGCCGUCUGCUGGCCCAGAUGAGCCAUUCAACUACAGUCAUCCCAAGCUGGAGAAGCUGGAGGAGGUGGUGCUGCAGCAUUUCAGACUGUGGGCUGAGAGCUCGGCAAACAACAAUGGUCCUCAAGCCGUCAGCACGCGGGUGAUGAUCUUUUCAUCUUUCCGUGAGAGCGUACAGGAGAUCGCAGCCAUGUUGAACCACCACACUCCACUGAUUCGAGUCAUGACCUUCAUGGGCCAAGCCUCAGCCGGGAAGGGGGUCAAAGGAUUUACCCAAAAGGAACAGCUAGAGGUGGUGCACAGAUUCCGUCAGGGAGGCUUUAACACGCUGGUGUCGACCUGUGUUGGGGAGGAGGGGCUGGAUAUUGGGGAGGUAGACCUCAUUGUUUGCUUCGAUGCACAGAAGAAUCCCAUUCGCCUCGUGCAGCGAAUGGGGCGGACAGGCCGCAAGCGACAGGGAAGGAUCGUUGUCAUCCUGGCUGAAGGCCGCGAGGAGAGGACCUACAACCAGAGCCAGAGUAACAAACGCAGCAUAUACAAGGCCAUCAUCAGCAACAAAAGCGGGUUCCACAUGUUCCCCAACAGUCCACGGAUGCUGCCCGAGGGAGUGAACCCCACCCUGCACAAGAUGCACAUCACCUGUGGCCAGUUUGACCACCGGGAGAGCAGCCGGAGGUCCAGCAGGGGCCGAAGGUCCCACUGUGACGGACGGGCCUCACUCAUCCACCCUCAGAACCUGAUUCGGCAGGGCAGUGCAACGCUGGACGGGUUCCUGAGCAGUACUGAAUAUUCUGUGUGGGCUUCCACCAUGAGGCUGAAGGAAGAUGAGGCUCAUCCAACCUUGAAGGACUCACACUUCAUGUCACUACCUAGCGAUCGACCGCUUCAGAAGGUUUCCGGAGCAGCAUCCAGAGAGCUGUCUUUGUGGGAAUGGAGACACUGGCAGCACAAAGCCUUUCCUACACAUGCUGUUGCUCAUUCUCUCCGCUGCCAGCAUUUCAUCAAGGUGAUGGAGCUCAUAGACGGCAUGAGAGAGGAAAAUGAGGGGGAAUGUCGUUAUGAGCGGGAGCUUCUUCCUUACCUCAGCAGAGCUGAUGGCGUUGACCAUGUGAAAAACCCAAAGAAAACCAAGAAGGGCACAAAGGACUGCACUAAAUCUACCGCGAUCAAACCCAGAGCCUCUCGCCCGCCUGACCUGGAGGUGGGUGAAGAUUCAGAGUGGGACCAACCGAGAACCAUGAGUUGCGCUUCCUCGUCGUCCGUAACCAAACAAAGACCUCCUGCUGGACAUGAUCCAAACGGACGUUUCGAUGACGUCGCGGAUCACCCAGGACCGGAGGCCGUUUGUUCUGAUGCUUCUAAAAGUGACGGUUCUGACUUGGCCGAUGACUGUGGCGUUUCUAAUGAGCACGUCACAGACUGUGCAGUCAGCGCUUUGGUCAAUUUACACAAGGAUUCUCAGCUGAUUACACACAUCGAUGAGGAUGUGGAACUUCAGGCCAUGUUCUACCUUCCUAAAUGGGACUCGACAGCCCCUCCCCUCCCUUCUAAGCCUCACCCAGGGACAGAUGAGGGUCUGAAGGUCAUCCUGGCCAACGUAGCGGAGCUCCUGUCUCGAUCCCCACCGCCCCUGAUCUCAGAUUUCGGUGCUGAAGUGGCUCCUGUGUUGCCUCCCCCCUCUCCUCAGCAGCUCCAUCAGCCCUUUCACGUCAGCUUUACUCUCGACGUAGACGAUGAUGGUGAUGACGUGAUGAUGGGUGACGCUGACAGCGCCCCCUCCAGGGCAGAGCCAUCGGAGUCUCUAGAGGACACAGAGUACAGUACAAUGUGUCGGACUCGUCCUCGUCAGGAGCCGGAGCCCGUCAGUAAAGCAGCCGACAGUCCAACCUGGGAUGAGGUUUUUGAGAGCGAAGAACGCGAUGAUGGUGACGUCCGAGAGGAUGACGGCGUCAAAGACGACGGGGUGUGUGAGAUUGGCCCUCGCAUGGACGAGAGCAUGGAUCUGUUUGAGGAUGACGAGGCCUUCCUGCAGAUGACCAUCCCAGACAUCUCCACCCCUGACCGGUCGUGUGCUCGCGCUGGAGACACGUCCAACAGCACAAAAAUGAUGUCUAACUCUCAAUUGUGUAACACUAAGCACCCAGACAGCACACACAACUUGAACACUAUGCAAACAGAUGAGCUGGCAUGUACAUAUCAGUUAACCAAUAACUCAAAUGCUAAGCUCAACACAAGUAAAUCUCAUUGUAAAUCUCUCACAAUGCAACAACACGACAACUCCUGUGACCUCUUCUCUGUUAACUUUGACCUUGGCUAUUCCCUGGAAGACUCUGAGGACGAAGCCAAAGCAGAGGCUGUUUCUGUCCCGUCUAUGCUGACCUCUCCGCCGUCUGCGACGGCUAACACGACAGCGUCCCUGCCACCCGUCACUCACUCCUCCACUCCCAAUAUCAGCCGGCUGAGAGUGCCUUCACAGCGUCACGAAUCCAAGCAGUGGACGCCACAGAUGCUGUCGGGGCUGAGAAAGAGGGAAACCUCGGGUCUGACUUCACCUUCCACGUCUAAAGACGGGGGACUGCCAUCUCCUAUCGCAUCACCAGGAGCAAGGAGGGUGCUCAUGCCUGGUCCGGCCAGUCCUCACACGGCUUCACUGUCCACCUUAAAACGGAGACCAAUAGGAAGCUGCACCACUCGAGCGGAGGGAAGGUCAGAUGUGGAAAACCAGCCACGGCAGAAAGUCUGUGCGUCUGACGCUCCUUCUCGCACAGUGGGCUGUGACAGUGACAGCGAGGAUGAAGUUGUGGGUGUUAAAAGGCGGCGUCAGAACAAGGUCAACGUUUUGUCAACCCCAGAUGUGUCCAAGUUCUCCAGCGACGUGGACUCUCCGGUGGUCAUGACCAAGAAACGUGUAGCUGCACUUAAUACUUCAGAUGAAACGGAGGCUGGGGUUCUUUCUGAUAAUGAUUUCCAGAAUGAUUCUGUAUUUACACGUGGAACCAAAGCACAAGGAGCUGAAAGGCAACGUGGCCAUGAGGGUAGAGCCAAGCGCACCAAAUGCAAAAGAGUGCAUCAGUUCCUGGAUGAGGAGGCAGAGCUGUCGGCGGAUGAGGAAGGAGACGAUGUAUCCUCUGAUGAAGAGGAUGGGGAGGACCAAAAUCAGUCCCUUGAAGGAUUUGUUGUAGACAACAUGCACAUCUCACAGGGACUCGAUGACUCAGAGAUGCAUGGAAUUUAUCUGAAGUCCGUGAGAAGCCCUGCUGUUCAUGGCAAGUUCAAAAUGUCCUACAGAAACCAUGACAACAUGAACGUCUUCUCACAGGUGCCUGAGAUGGAUGAAACGUAUGCAGAAGACAGCUUUGUGGUUGGCAGUGAGGUGGAGGAGGCGGAGAGCAGCGAGGAAGAGGCUGAAGUCAUUAAACUUAUGCCCGAGGACUCGUACGUGGACGGCAGGAGGCAGUAUGCCACCAGGCGCCGUGUCUUUCUGCACAAAGCCAAAAGCAGGACUGAAGCCCCACCUGAGCAGAGAGCGGGGGCCAAAGCCAAGCGCAACCGCAUCAAGCGCGUCGACGAUUCCAGCGAGGAGGAGACGGAGGGCAGUCGUAAAAAGAGCGCGCUCGGAACAGGAGCGAGUGAUUCUGUUUCCCUGCAACCAAAGGUGGUGCAGCCAGAGCCCAGCGGGGUUCAGCAACAGCAGAAAGCCCCCCGCUCGUCCUCCUCCACCUUAGCAUCUAAGGUUUCAUCCUUGAGUGAAGCACAGCGGCGCGAACAGCGACAUGAGAGGUGGCGCCAGAGGUCAGAGAACCAACACCUCCUCUCAGACGAGCUGGACUUUGAAGAGUCAGGGUCAUCUUCAAAGAAACUACCCCAGGCCCCUCCUGCCGCCUCCUCUGUGCCCCGGCACCCUGCCUCCAUCAGACAGGAUGUGCCGGUCACUGAGUCCUCCGCUCCACCCGCAUCCGUCUGCAUUCUGGCCGACAGCCGCUGCAUCAGCACCGGAGUGGAACUGCUGACCUGCCUGCGACGGCGGCACGCGGCCACCGUCCACGUCUGCUCGCUGGACGGCAGCUACUUCAUCGUCAGCAGCCGCAUGGCCGUGGAGAGGUGCAGCCAGUCGCAUUUGGCCGCGUCGCAGAACAGGAAGCGUUUGGCGGAAAGGAUGACGAGCUUGCAGGGGCUGUUUGAGCGCAUUUGUCUGAUUGUAGAGAAGGACAGAAGCAAGCCAGGUGAGGCAUCGAGGCCAUUUCAGCGAACACGUUACUAUGACACCACACUGGCAGCACUCGUACGCACUGGUGUGCGCCUGCUGUGGAGCCACAGUGCUGAAGACAGCGCCGGCUUGUUGGCGGACCUGGCACGACUAGAGCAGCGUAAGGGCCAGGGCAUCGCCGUACCCCUUGAGGUGAAGGGGCAGCACAGGCAGCAGGCGCUGCAGAUGUACCUGGGUUUGCCUUCUGUCAACUAUGCCCACGCUCUGAACUUGAGCCACAAUUUCCGAUCGGUUGCCCAGCUCAUAAACAGCUCCAUUGAAGACAUUCAAAAAGGAGGCUGCAUGGGUCGAUCCAGAGCAGAGGAGGUCUACCGCUUCCUGCGCUACUCAUGUGACUCCUUCCUUAUAAGCACAAAAACAAAAAACAAUUAGAACAUGUUCCCUACAUGACAGAACACACUCAUGUUAUUUAAUAGCGUUUUGCACAAUAGAUUGAAGUACAACCACCUCAGUUCCAAUUGUAUGUUGCAUAAUGUGAUAUACUGCUGCUACACGUACAUUUUUUUUGUUUAGGAAGCAACUCAUGUACAGUCAGUGAGGCUACACUGAUCAUUAAACAAAUUAAUAUUUGACUGUUCCCUGAAUAACUUCAUGAAAAUGAUUCACAUAAUGUCAUUUGUUUACAAAGUGCCAGAGAAUUAAAAAUGACUAAUUUCCUUAAUAAAAUAUAUAUUUUUGUA